CCCCCUCCGCGACACCGCCACCCAUCUUCCCCCGCGCCCUCGGUCAACUCCAGCGCCCGGGUCAUCUUUCUUCUCCGCCACCUCUUCCGCCUCGCGCCCACCCGCUGCGCCCAACUUUUACAGGACCACGGUCAUCCCGCCGAAUGGAUUGCGCUCUGUCCAACGUGUGACGACAUUGUGUCUCAAGGUCACCAGUUAUUCGUCCAAAUUCACGAAGUCGGCGUAAAGUUGGACGCUUUACGAGACAAGGCGGUCAAACGGGUCGUCAUCGUCAAACAGGAAGAGGAAGGAACCAGUACGGCGCCCGAAGCGAUAAGAAGUUAUCUCGUCGCGGAUGGAAUCGUGAGCGAGGAAAAUUUUGGUUUUCUUCCUCCCGACCCGACGACCCACGAUGACGAGGAAAUGAUGGAUUUCGAAAACGUGGAAAUUGUUCCUGACACUUUAAAAUCUGAAUUUGAUCCAAGCCCUUUCGACACGCGUCAUGAAAUUCCUUACAAUUCAGAAACAUUCGCCGACGAGGAGGACGAAUGUUAUCUUCCUUCUCCUUCAAAAAAGAUUAUACGACGAGACAAUCCUCCCGGAGAUAUCGUUUCUCUUCAACUGAACGCAAUCUGCUCAAGAAUGACGCUUUCUCGGAAUAUUGGCAAAUCUAAAAAUUUAGUACAAAAUGCGAAAAAUACUGCGAAAAAUUCCAGAAAACAAACCUUGGAAGUACGCGAACAAUCCGAAGAAAUACAUGAAAAUGCUCUUUUUCGCACUAAAUCGCACACAAUUGGUCAUCUUAAAGCGACUUCUUCAGUGGGCGCGGUUCUGACAAAUGGAGGUCGAAAAGCUGCCAUAAAAUGUAACCAAAUGUUGGACGCCACACUAAAAGAAGACGCUGCUAUUGACAGUGACGAUGAACUCCACCCUGAUUCCAAAGACGCGGAUUACUCCAUCCCCGACCCUCCUUCCCCCGUGGGGGAAUAACCACGGGGGAAGGAGUGAAUAAUAAUAGUGAAUAAUAAUAGAAGGGAAUAAUAAUUUGGGGAGUAACCCCCCAAAGGAAACAGCCCAGGGCGGAAAGCUCCCCUGAAGAAGGGCAAACAAAAGCAGAAUACCACGCCAAAAGAAGACGCUGACCUUACUGAAACUCCAGAUUACGAUUACUCGACCCCCUCCUCCCCCAAAUCCUGGCCUGAACUCCUUCUCCUCCCCUCCCUCCCUUCUCCCCGUCCCCUUUCAACAAUACCCCCUACCGUCAAAAACAGCUCCGCAUCAUCCACCUCACCCGGCUCGCGCGCGCCCACGCGCUUUCCUCCUUCCCCUGCGCCCACUGCGCCAAACCGCUCCCCACCGUCCUCCAGUGGUCCACCCACUCGGACUGGUGUUCCGGCGAGAAGGCGGGCUACAAGUGCGACACCUGCGAAAUCGUGCUCCUCGACAUGCGCAGUCUGGAAAAGCACACGCGCUCCAACCACGCGCCGCGCGAGAGCCUCACCUGCGCCGGGUGCGACAACUUCUUCCCGUACCGCGAACAGUUCCACGACCACGUCAAUGAAGCCUCCGUCCGCGAGGAGUGUCGCGAGCGCGCAAUUUUCUGCGCGAAAGGCGUCAAACAGUGUAAACUCGCGUUUUCUUCGGAGCACGCGUACCGCAUCCAUGUCACGUGCUGUCACAGCGAGACGAACCCGUUCGCCUGCGCGGUGCCCGGCUGCGGGAAAUCGUUCGGACACCGGUCCGCGCUCAAUUCGCAUAAAUGGACACAUUCUGCGCCACAAGAUGAUCUUGUCUGCGAGCGUUGCGGAAAAACGUUCAAACUCCAAUCCGGUCUCCGAGAUCACAUCAAGAGCGUGCACUUGUCCCGCGAAGAGGGCGCGGCGCGAUUCACCUGCGACAUUUGCGGCAAAGGGUUGAUCGACAAGAGCAAGUUGGCGCGCCACCGGAAGAUCCACAUCGACCCCGCCGACGCCCCGCAUCUCUGCACCCUUUGCGGGAAAAGGUUCCGCCUCAACGAGUAUUUGAACAUCCACAUGCGCUCCCAUGACCC